AAAUGUUCAUUUUUGUUAUUUUCAUUGAUCUUGUUCUCAUAUUCUUCUUCAAAAACCUCAACUUGAUUAUUCCUUUAAAGUGAAAAUACUAAAUUUGCACUGAUAAGAAUUUCUUGAAUGGUUGCUUUUGAUGUUCUGUUGGCUCGUUUACAUGUUAAUUCAAAUUUUCACGUUUACUUAAUGUUAAUUAAUCAUCAAUCAUGGUCAGGUGUAGUAAAAUGUGUGAUUCAAACCCAAUAGAAGAAUGUUUCAAAGACCUUAUCGAAAAAGAGAUCAUUAGUAUCGAGGACGCCACAACAUCUGACUCGAUCACUGCAGUUAAAUUUCCCCCUUUCAGUGCAAAACUUAGAUUCCUUCUCCACAAAACAUUACAAAACCACCCAGCUUUUCAGACAGUAUCAGUCGGUAUUGAACCUAAUCGACAUCCAAUAAUAUUCAAAUCCAUUUUACCAGUCACAAUAUGUGACGUACCAGAGGGCACAACUUUUGAGACCCACCGAAAAGAGUUUGAAUUUAGGACGGAUUUGCAGGAUAAAUUCAGAUUAACUUCACCGUCUAAUGAUUUUAACAUUUUUGUGAACAGUGUGGAGAAACUGGAUCCUGAAUUUAGUGAUCUGUACCCUUUUGUAACUGUUUCGUCAGAUAUAAAAUACAUUGACAUCAGAAGAACUUUGCGAGCUUACUACAGAAAAUAUUUAGUGAACUGUUACGAAGUACGUGAAUCAGAGGAUAAAUCAAAUCAUAUUCUUAUAACGGACAGCGAGGAAACAGCUGCUGAGAUAAUAAAAUUAUAUAAAGAAGAACUCAACCUUUUGUCUUACACGAGACCAAUGGUAAGGUGUGUAAUGUUCUCAAUAUCAUGGCUAAAUGUGACAAACUGAAACCAGCGAAGCCCAGGGUAACAGUGAACAGAUCAGCAGCAGCUAAUAUCAUGGCACGACAUUUGGGGAUCGCCAAAAAGCCAAAAACUAAUGAUACUAAUCACUGUAGCUAGCGCGGUAGAAUAUCUAUGAAACUCAGGAUAAAUAUCAAUUUUUGUAGUCCAUGGCUUUUAAGUGUUGCUGCUUAAGCUUGAUGUAACUUAUCGAUUUUUAUGGAAUGUAAGUUCACUGUUCUAUUUUCAUCCACAGUUUUGACUUUUGGUAAUUUUACAAGUCAAAAUGUUGCCUAGUAAAAUGUUGCCGUAGCGAAACAAUGUAAUCUAUAAAUAUUUAUCUCAGUUUAUCUUCAAUAUGGACAGAUCAUUGUUCCUGAGAAUUCAUCAAUAAUUUUGAUUCAUAUUCGUCAAUUACAUUUAUGUAUAAUAUAAUACACAAUCAUAAUGACUAAAUUCUCAUUUAACAAUGGCUCCGUCGUAUUGAUUGUCUCAAAAAUCUCUGUUUUAUCUGUUUUGUGCUUUUAAAAUUUAAAAUGUACUAACAGCCAACAUGGGUGUAGGCUCCCCCUCCCCCUAGGCUCCUAGGAUGCUCCCCGAGCAGAUUAAAGAAGAUGGAAACAUCAGCUUUCGCAUCCUCCUCCCCUCCAGAGAUAUUGGCGCUAUUAUUGGUAGAAAAGGAGUAACUAUUAACUCUAUCAGAGAAGAUUCAGAAGCUAAAAUAAAGAUAAGUUCGUCUGACUCUGACAAUGGGACGUAUUACAGAGAAGUGAUCCUCACAGGCUCGAUAAAGCAGGUUGUGGACGCUUCACACCUGAUCGCAUCCCGACUUGAGGAGAACACGGCGGAGGAAGGAGAAGACGUGAGGUUGGAAGUAUUAUUUCCAAACUCUAUUACUGGAGCUGUCAUUGGACGAAGUGGUGAAACGAUCAAAGAACUUCGCUCCAAAACGAACACUCAAAUCUUGAUAAGUCACGAAGUUUUGUUCGGAUCUACAGAUCGGAGUAUUUGUGUGAGUGGAACAGCUUCAGACAUCAAGGAGUGUGUUCGUUAUCUCGCAGCUAUCUUGCAUGAGAACCCGACGAAGGGGAACAACAUUCCAUUCCGAGUAAACAGCCCGCACCACAUGCACCUGCAGCGUGCUGGGAGGAUGAUGCACCCUGGAUCAAGCCCCCCUAGGCGUACUGUACCCAACUCUGGUGGUUUCUCGAAGGGAAAUCCCGGACCAUCCGCCAAUGACACCAUGGCAGUGCAGAAAGAAUUUAUUGGAUGUGUUAUUGGUAAGAAUGGAAUCAAGAUUCGCCAAAUUCGAGAUCUGUCACAAGCCCAAAUCAGAAUCAGCAGCCCGAGUGAUGAGCCGAACCGAACCAUUUCCAUCAGUGGAACCCCUGAUGCUGUAAGCACAGCCAAAUACCUCAUCAAUUAUCAGAUUAAUAAUGAGCUGAAGAAGAGCCCAUAAUCACCUUGAAGAUCAGAAACAAGUGUCGCAAGGGCGUUUUGUUUGCAACUACCUUGCCUCCCGAUCAACCCUCUAAGUUGUAGGUUGGAACCAGUGAGUUGCAACUACAGGCAGGACGAUUCCUUGUAACGAAUAUCCCCGAGAACUUUUAGAUUUGAGUAGAUUUGAACUUAAUAGCAUAUUUUUGGCUAACCUUGCAUCAGUUAUCCCGGUCAAUUCCGAGCCUUUUCGUUCUCUAGCAUGAGCCUGCUUAAAUGUUUAUGUUUAUGCAUGCUUACAUGACAUGUGUCAUAAGAUAGGCAAAAAGACAUGGCCAGAAAAAGGGGCCAGCGGAAGAAAUAUCUUUGGUCCCACCGAAAAUAAGUCAUAGAUUUGAUUUUUGGGUUUAAUGAUUGAUAUGUCUAACCGACCGCUUUUAGAAGCUUUGUACAUACACUUCGUUCUAAAAAAAGAUUUGAGCACAAUAUUUCCACUGUUGAGAGCAAGGUAGAGUUAGGCACUUAAGCGGAAUGUUCUGUAUAACGACAAGCUUCCCUUGUGCGGCAUUUCUAUCUUACUUUUAAGUGUUGAAAUAUGUUAUUUUCGGGUAAUAAUGAUCCUUUUUGUUUGUUGAAAACUACUUGAUUUUCAAGUAAAUCUAUCUUAAAGACGACCAUGGCAUGGCAGCGUUAAGACUUUUUGAUGCUGCUCAUUGACCCUUCUUAAUUAAACCUCAAAGCUGUUGUACAUAGAUUUUCAAGAAGAUUUCCCAUGCCCAAGCUCUUCAAAAAGAUUUAGGGCAAAUUUAGAUGCGGUCAAUGGUGCGGCUUUCAUUUCGGGACUAAAAUCCUGACCGUUUCCUUCUCCACCUACCCAUCAGAAACCGUUAUACAAAUAUGAGUAAUUGAUCAAAAAAUGGUGGCCUGUUACAUUAAAAUAUCAAUUAGCUUUAAUGAGGGCAAUUACAAUCUUAAUGAUUUAGAAACCAACUGACGCUUAUGCAUGAUGAUAGGAGUUAACAGUGUGCAAUGUGAAUCUUAUGUUUGAAUAAAUUGGUAAAGUAAUUCGUAGCCUCUUUCCUGAUAUAAGAUUACCUUGAAACAGCUUUCUUGGGUUUAUUGAUAAAAUAAUUUACUGGGUUAAUAAUUCUUCUGCUAGUUUUAUAUGAGAGGUACAAUACUAGUUUAAUAAUGGGGAUUCCUGUUCAUCCAUUUUUCUUUGAUCACAUCGGAUAUAACUUUGUGCAACUGUAACGUUAGAACUGACAUCAUAUGCCUUGCCUAGUUUUAUGACAGAAAUAUUUUAAGUUUUUAAAGGUUUGAAGAGUGCCUAAUAAAAAUAAAGGUAUUAAAUUAAAAUAAAAGGCAUAUGAUGUACGUUCGACGACAAUUUAGUAUACAAUUUUCGUGUGUGGAAGCUAUUAUGAUCUUCUUACCUUAAGCAGUACCCGAUUUCUAAUUUUUAUGCCCGCUUCCCUGUUAAUUUAUUACAUCAGUGUAAUUUUUGCUUCGACAAAAUGAACGAAAAGAUAUUUAAUCAGUGUAAUUCCGAAACUUUGGGGAUCUUUUGUAUAUUACUUGGGCAUUUUUUGCUAUUUUGGACCCACCCCUUCGCCCCUUCAGCAUCCGAAAGCAUGAAACCACACCAAACAAACAAUUUCAUUUCAAUGCAUUACCCCUAUUCAUAUUGCUUAGAAAUUAUCGAAAUCCAUUUUUAAACAAAGCUUAAAAUCACCCCCCCACUCCCCUAAUCUUCCUGUGUAAUAUUCAGACGAUCCCUAGUCACUAGGCUCGAGGCCAAUGGGCGAAUCAGCAACGUCCAAUUUACUUGUAAAGUUUGCAUACUUACAUAUUGUAUUUCUAACAGUCAUGUUCAAAUUGUAAUUAUCAGUUUCUAAAUUUAUUCGUAAAAAUGGGCUUGUCCCGACUUUAUUGUGAUUUCAGGCCUUGUUACACUGUGCUGAACAUGACUGUUUAAAAAAUUUAAUUUUCCACGUUAUAUUAAGAAAAAAAGUGUGGUUUGAAGAAUGAGACUGAUUUAUUAGAGUUUUGAUAGAAUGCAGUUAUUUUGGGAAUAUUAGAAAUGUUGUUGUGAUAGUACAUUAUUUAAAUGUUGUUCAUGUAACAAA